GAUCUUUGGUCCGGGCCAAGCGCCCCAGGCUGUCAAGCACGGGGCCAAGCCCCAUGUUGCUCCGGCUCAGGAUGGAAGCGGCCCAGCGCAGCGCGCGCAGCGCGAGCCAGAGGCUCCAAAGGCUUCACCGGCAGAGAGUCCUGAGGCUUCGACCAGCUCCAAAGGGGCCUACGAGGCGCAUGAAGAAACCACAGCCAGCGCCAGCGCCUGGACUAGCGCCGAGGCCAGCAAUCGGCAGCGUCCGGGGCCCAACGGGGCACAUGACCAACAUGUGGAGGAGGACAGCGACACUGAGAGCGAGGCGUCCCCUUCGCCCUCAACACGCGGCUUUCAGCGUCGCCUUCGGUGCCACAGUUCUCCUCCAGGUGACGGACGUGCUUUGCACACCGUCGCUUUCUUCGACCGCGAUGUGAGUGAUGAUAAAAUGAAGGUCUACGCCAGCGAGUUGUCGCAGAGGGUCAAGAAGCGUUCAUUUACCAAAGAGACAACCUCGCCUGGAGGAUCUUCUGAAACAACUCUGAACGGCUACGUGCCACAUUUGUCGCCCACCAGCCCCGAAAGUCUACCGAACCAUGAAGGUUUUGGACUGCCUGCCGAGGUGGCCGAGGCGGCCUUGGUCGAAGCAAUGCAAACGAAGUUGCCGAGUUGUGGGAGUUUGGGACACCCUGAGGCGUGUCGCAGGCCAUGCAUCUACUUCUUGCAGGGCAACUGUGAGAACGGCGAUGCCUGCGUGUAUUGCCACUUGCCUCAUCCUGAAAAGACACCGAAGCUCGACAAGCGACAGCGAACCAUUGUGCAAGGCCUGGAACGCCCGGAGUUGUUGGCCCUAAUCUUCACCUUCUGCAAGGCUAAGGCCGAGGACGUGGGCUUCAGCCGCGAGGCAGGGGAGAUCUUGCAGCUUCUGGAGGAGGAGUCGAAGGGUGCAAAGCCGUUGUCUGACUUUAUCUCGGAAAGAGAUAUCCGAAAUCUUCAAAAAACCCUGGCACGAAUGAACUUCUCCAAUUUGAUUUGCUUGGUGACGCACCAGAGUCCCAACCGUGCCGGUCUGUUUCCCGAGAGCGCCGAACGCCUAUCAAGUGCUUUGGAGUCGGAUCCGAUCAAGGUGCAUUCACCCAGCAAGUUGCUGUUGCUCUCCCGUUCCGAACGCCGGUCCAAGGGGUCCCAGGGUCCAACGUGCAUCUCAGGCCGAAUUUUUGACAAUUCAAGGGGUCAGAUCGGGUGCUGGGGAAGGGUGUUGACCAUAGCCGAGGAUGAUCCCGGGUUCAGGUUAGGACCAAAUGGACUGGUCGAGCUGGUACCACCACCGUCAACGGAACGCAAUUUUUACGAGGACCGCAACCAAAGUUUCCUCUUGGAAAAACUCCAGGGCUUGAUCUCUGCCAAACCCUCGGCGCAAAGAGCUUUUCCUAAGGGAAAGCUUGCUUUCGUUACCGCUGCACAAGCCUCAGAACUGCAAAGUAUCGCGCGAAGUCAUGAACUUCAAGGAGAAUUUACUCUCAUGAUUGAAGCUUCCUGCGAACAGGAUAAGCUUCCAAUCAAAGCUGAGGCCCGUUAUUUCGAAUUUGAGAAACGGGGAGUUGAAACCAAGCUCCCGGUCAGACCCAAAGAGCUGAUCACCUUUCGAAUCACUGUCUUGAAAUUGUUGCAGGAUUCUAAGGUUGAUCCCACACUUGAAGACACUUUGACCAAGUUUAGUGGAACACAAGGAAUUUUCACUGAGAAACUUUCUCCACCAGGCCGUGCCCAGAAACUUGGUUCAGACAAAUCCAAGCCCUUGGCUUUUCGUAAGGGCGGAGGAACUUGUCUUGGCUUAGUGGGCGACUACGACGAAUUGCCCAAAGGGAAGAAUUCUGGUUGGUUUCAACCUUCUCGCAGCCAAACCAUCGCUGCAACCCAACUCGAUGAAGAUAUUGAUGAAAAUGUAGAAAACCGAGAAGUUGGGGCGGCUGACACACCAAUGCCCGGUGCGGAAGUCGGAGCCAAGCGUACUUCUCAGGCUUCGAACAUUUCGAUCUCGGUGGGAGUGGUGAAUGCGGGUGGCUAUCUCUCGCUGCAGGAACGUAUCAAAGUUUCUCGCAGCACUUCGGAUGCAAGCUCCUCUAAGGUGAGUCAACGGCCUUUUCGACCUUCGACGCCUGCCAAAGCGGCAAAACCUGUUGGUCUUGUCCUCUGUGCGAUACUGGCCUCCCUUAUCUCCCUAAUCAGGCUACUCGAUGGCAAGGUAGCAAAUGCAUCGACUGGUGCAUGCAUUCGCUCAGAACUCCGAAUGAGGUGUCUUUUCGGGUGGUAUCCGAUUUCUUUCUCACCAUGUUGGUCAGGUUCCUCCCUGUCUGGUGGUUUAUGUCGACGACCGUACUUUUACUGCCCGGUCUUGGUCUCACAUGGAAAGCUUAAUCCAGGGCUGGCAACAGUUCUCUACCACGAUUGGUUUGGUCGAGUCUCGCAGCAAAACUCAGGUGGCCGCUAG